AUGAGGGAUUUCAACCUUUUUAUCAAAGACAUGAACCUAAUUGAUAUUCCUUUCAAAGAUUUAUCGGACCAUUGUCGUAUAUGGAUUACGAUUAAUAACUCGAAUUGGGGUCCCAAACCCUUCAAAGUUAACAAUAAUUGGUUUGAUGAUAAGAAGUUUGUUAUUUUCAUGGAGAAAGAGUUGAAGAGAUUAAAGGUGUUCAGUAGAGGAGAUUAUAUCAUCAAGGAGAAACUUAGGCCUCUCAAGGAGCACUUGAUUCAUUGGAACAUGGAAGUGUUUGGGAGGAAUGAGAUGGAAUUGGAUAUACGGAAGGACGAUAUUAACAAAAUAGGAGAAUUACUAAGUUGUUGCAGCAGCAAUCCAGUGGAGGACCUAGUUGUUAAACGCAAACAGAGUUGA